AGAAUAUUAACGAUGCCGAAUACUCGUUGUCAUUCUGGAUUAGAAAGUUUUAAAGCAACUGGAUUAUACAACUAGCAAGGGACUGAAAGUGUUGUUCAUUUUUGGUUUGAUGUCAUUUGCAUGGAAAUAAGCACUUUUAUUUCAAAGGGAAUAUUGUGUGUAAAUUCUAUUUUGGCGGACUGAAUAUUUAUGAACGUGUGUCACUGAAGUCAACACACUAUGUCAGAAAUGGAGGUUACCGAUGGUCAUCCAGGUCCCAGAGAAAGACUGAGAUCGGAUGGCGGGAGACUUACUGCAGAGGAGAUGGACACAAAGAGAAAACAGAACAUUGCUUAUGAGUACCUGUGUCACUUGGAGGAGGCCAAAGUGUGGAUAGAGGCCUGUAUUAAUGAAGAGCUUCCUCCUACUACAGAACUUGAAGAAGGCCUACGUAAUGGUGUCAUCCUGGCAAAGCUGGGACACUUUCUGAACCCUCAAAUUGUACCCCUCAAAAGAAUAUAUGACAAAGAACAGACACGAUUUCAGUCUCGAGGAUUACAUUUCCGACACACAGACAACAUUAACCAUUGGUUCUCUGCAAUGGAGAAAAUUGGCCUUCCACAGAUAUUUUAUCCAGAGACGACAGAUAUUUAUGACCGGAAGAAUAUGCCGAGAACAAUAUACUGUCUCCAUGCCCUCAGUUUAUAUUGCUUCAAGCUUGGAAUUGCUCCACAGAUUCAAGAUUUGUAUGGCAAAGUACAAUUCACAGAGGAAGAAAUCAGUGCCAUGAGACUAGAAUUGGAAAAGUAUGGAAUCCAAAUGCCAGCAUUCAGUAAAAUAGGAGGAAUUUUAGCUAACGAGCUCAGUGUGGAUGACGCUGCCUUACAUGCUGCCAUCAUCGCCAUCAAUGAGGCUGUUGAUCAUGAAAAUUCGGAGGAGACGAUGGCAGCACUUCAAAAUCCGUCAGCCAUGUUGGUGAACCUGAGGACUGAUGGAUCAGAAGAUUACCAGGAAUUACUUUUCUGUGCAAAACAAACCAAGAGAGACAUCGCACACAAUAAGAGUUUAGACCCAGAUGGUAACUACGAACAUGACGUUUACGAUGAACUGCUGACGCAGGCAGAGAUCCAAGGCAACAUCAAUAAAGUUAAUACAAUACAUGCCUUAGACCGUUUAAAUGAUGCCCUGAUGAAGAUGGAUCCCACCCUGUUACUCCAGGCGCUAAAGUCACAGUACCUCGGUCUGAAAGGCGUCAAGGAUGACAACAUACCUUACUAUAGGGAACGUCUCAAGGAGUCUUAUGAAAAUAAACAGAAUAACAAUGGAGAAGAAGAUGUGAUACUGGAGAGGGAAGAAAUCCAACAAGCUGUGUCAGCAGCCAACUUGGAUGCUGAUGUAGAAUACCAAAAAGCUCAGUCUGUGAUUGCUAUCAAUGCAGCCAUCACUAAUGGAGACCCUGCCAUGCUCAUGAGGGCUCUUCAGAACCCUGCGGCAAAACUACCGCCAGUCAAUCCCUAUGGCGAUGCCCUUUAUCUCGAAGAGUUCUUUAACAUGCGCCAGGAGAAACAGGAUGACCUGGACUAUGAUGAAAUAUAUGCUGCAGUAAAAGUAUUGUCUGCCGUGGCUGCUAUCAACGAAGCAGUAGAAGUAGGGGACCAAGGUGCUACAUAUAAAACUCUGGCAAAUGAAGAUGCUUGUAUCCCUAACCUAGAGGAGCAGAACCUUGAUCGUUACCAGAAAGGAUUGGUGAACGCAAGGGCAACAAAAACUGAGAGUAUUCAGGAAGCGGGUGAAUCAGCUGAGAAAGUUAGUGUACCGUGUACACUGCUGACCCACUUUGAAAUUUGUUCCUGUGUAGAUCAAGUCAACCAACAGGUCUCCGAGGAACAUCAGCGAGUUCUAGCCAUUGGAGAUAUCAACAGUGCUAUCAAAGAGGGCAACCCACAAGUAACAUUGACUGCCCUCAAGGAGCCCACAGCCAAGUUAGACAAUGUACAGGAUGGCAACGCAUACAGAUACCAGGUGUUAUUGUGUCGAGAAGUCGCCUCCAAAGAACAGGAAUCCAGUGACGGGGAUGCUGAAUUAUGGGUAGAAGAAAUACAAAAUGCCAUCGGAAAUGCUAAUAGAGAUGCUGAGGUCGGACUGAAAACAUCCUUGGCUGUCGAAGAAGUGAACAAAGUAACUGGUGAAAACGAUAGUGACCUACUUUUGGACGCCUUGACCACAAGUGACCUUGCCUUACACAGUGUUGUUCCUGAGUGCAAAGAUAUGUACCUUCAGAGACUGGUGGAGGCAAAAAACAGCAAAGCCCAAAAAGGGGAAUGUGGAAGUGGUUGGAUGAUGAACCGAUUAAAAGAUGGCUCCAAGUUUUUCUAUAACACUCAUGACCAGGAGUAUUCGUGGAGCCGACAGGAUGGUGUGUGUAAGGACCACGAACUGCUUACUAAGGAGGAAGUACAGAAAGUGGUAUCCGAAGUGACUGCAGAACAUGACCGAGAACUUUUAUUUAAAGCCAAUGAGAACUUUAUUGUACGGAUACAGUCCUGUGUGAGAGGGUACCUGGCCAGGAAAGCCUAUACUGAAAGAGUCAACUUCAUGAACACACAACUGCCAGCAAUAACUAAAAUACAGGCCUGUUGGAAAGGUUAUAAACAGCGUAAGGAAUACCAGGACAGAAUGGCUUACCUGAAAGAUAAUUAUGAUGCUGUCGUCAAACUGCAAGCUCUUGUUCGUAUGUGGAGGGAGGCCAGCAAAUAUCGCCGUCGGCUCAAAUAUUUCAAAGACCAUGAAGCUGAUGUGAUUAAAAUCCAGGCAUUUGUACGUUCUAACAAAGCUAAGCAUGACUACAAAGCAUUAAUGCAUGAAGACAACCCUCCUCUCAACGUCGUCCAGAAAUUUGUACAUUUGCUGGACACCAGUGAUGUAGAUUACUCAGAAGAGAUAGAACUUCAGAGGCUUAGACAGCAGGUAGUGACAGAGAUCCGGUCAACACAGCAGCUAGAGCAUGACCUUGACACUAUGGAUAUCAAAAUUGGGCUUCUCAUCAAAAACCGAGUUUCUCUACAGGAUGUCAUCACACACGACAAAAAAUUAUCCAAACACAAGGAGAUGAGCCUGAAUGCACCGAAAGGUUUGAAGGCCUUAAGUAAAGACUGCCAUGACCGACUGGAGGCCUACCAGUAUCUCUUCUAUCUCCUACAAACCAAUCCGACCUACCUCGCCAAACUGAUCUUCGAGAUGCCGCAGAGUCGCACGACCAAAUUCAUGGAGUCAGUGAUUUAUUCUUUGUUUAACUACGGCUCUAACCAGCGGGAGGAGUACUUACUUCUGAAGCUGUUUAGAAAGGCUCUGGAAGAAGAGAUAGCACUGAAGGUAGACAGAAUGUCUGACUUUGUGACAGGAAAUCCACUUGUAGUGAAAAUGAUUGUGGGAUUUAACAGGAAUCAACGGGGUCAGAAUUCAUUAAGAGAAAUGUUAAACCCAUUGGUUACUGAAGUCAUUGAGGACAAAAAUCUACGCAUCAAUACAAAUCCAGUAGACGUGUAUAAAACAUGGAUCAACAUGACUGAGUCAGAGACUGGUAAGAAAAGUGCUUUGCCUUACGACGUAUCAAUAGAACAAGCUUUAGCACAUGACGAGGUACAGAAAAUGAUUCAGCAGUCAAUUGCUAAAUUACAGCAAGUUACAGAAAAAUUCCUCACCACCAUUUUACAGUCACUUGACAAAAUUCCGUAUGGCAUGCGAUACAUGGCCAAGGUUCUAAGAGAAGCUCUGAUGACCAAGUUCCCCGAGGCACCGGAAAAGGAUGUCUUAAAGAUUGUAGGAAACCUGCUCUACUACCGAUACAUAAACUCGGCCAUUGUUGCUCCUGAUGCCUUCGACAUCAUCAACGUAGGUGCUGACAGACAACUAACCAAUGACCAGCGACGAAAUCUGGGUUCGGUUGCCAAAAUUUUACAAUUUGCGGCUGCAAACAAAGGGUUUGGCGGUGAGAGUUCCUAUCUGUCCAGUAUGAACACUUACAUACGAGAGGCACAUGAAAAAUUCAAGCAUUACUGUGUAAUGGCUUGUGAUGUGGAGGAAUUGGAGGCCAAAUUUAACGUUGACCAGUACUCAGACAUAGUGACCAUCACCAAACCGGUCAUUUAUAUCUCUGUGUCAGAGAUAUGUGAUACACAUCAGAUGUUAGUGAUGCAUCAAGAUGAGAUUGCUCCAGACUCCAAUGACUCACUACAUGAACUUCUGGAAGAUCUCGGAGAGGUUCCAACAGUAGCAGAACUUUUGGGAGUUGAUCUGCCCGAGGAAGAAACAAUGCGAGAUACAGUGGUAGCACAACUGGGAACAACAGAAAUAACACUCACACUUACAAAUAAGUUUGAGGUGCCAGAAGAUGACCAGUCCAAUGUUAAACAGCUCCUUAUAAGAACAAAGCGUCUGGUGGUAGAUGUUGUGGCAUGUCAACCGGGUGACACACUGACACAAAUCUUAGAGUCCCCAGCUACAGAUGAACAGGAGGAACUUCACCAAGCCCUCGUCAAAAAACGGGAGCUACGUGAUCGGAAAGCGUCUGCGAAACAGGGAGGAAAGGGACUAGUGCGUCACCCCUCCAUGUUGUCAGAAACCAUGUUAUCAAUACAAGUUAUGAAGACCAAGAUCAAAAAGCAGCUACAGAAUUUAGAAUUGGAUGGAGUUGUCUCCAGGAAAAAUGACUUCCAGGAUCUAGUCAGCAUGAUUGCACAGGACAUCCGUAACCAAAGGCGUUACCGUAAUAACCGUAAACAAGAGCUGAUGCGUAUACGUUCUACGCUGAAGAGCCUGCAGGAAAAACGUACAUUUUACGAGUCUCAGAUCGACUAUUACAACAGAUAUGUUAAAACAUGUAUGGAGAAUUUACAGCAGAAGAGCAAUAACAGGAAGUCACGAGGAAUAUUCAAACGUGGUGAUGGCAAUGGCAAGGUGUCUUAUGAGUCUGUGAAGUACAGUGCAUCCAAGCUUCAUGAGAAGGGAGUCAUUCUAGAUGUUGAGGGACUACCCAAUAGCCAAUUCAAGAACGUUAUGUUUGAGAUUUCUGCCACAGCAGAUCCAGGAACUUUUGAUGUCAAUGCUAAAUUCAUGGGUGUAGAUAUGGAAAAAGUGGAACUUGUGUUCCAGGAUUUGCUCCAGCUCCAGUAUGAGGGCGUAGCGGUUAUUGAGAUGUUCAACAAAGCUCGUAUCAAUGUCAACCUUCUUAUCUUCUUAUUGAACAAAAAAUUCUAUGGUCGACAAACGAAAAAAUAACAUUUCCUGUUUUAGGUCCUGUGUUCAGGUAGAGUUAUCUACCCUCGUCCAUAUCUUCUGUUGAUCUUGCCAUUCAAACUCGAAGUAAAAAGGGUGAUACCAUCUGAUUCUAGUGAGCUAUGUGACUGCUGUCAGAGGUCAUAAGGAGUAAUAACUGCUUGACUACAGAUAUACAUGUCUGAAUACAGGAAACACAAAGCUGUCCUUCAAGGCACUGCACCAACGCCAUAAUCAUGCUAAACCACUGCUGGUAGUUUAGGUGUUGCAUCAAAAUUAGAAAAUAUUUCAAAACUUGUGUUUUUGUUUUACAUGAAUGACAAACAACUUAUAUCUGAGAUUGAAAUUUAAUGAUAGAAAUGUCAAUAGCACCAACUUCUGCUUAGGAAAAAAAAACCAUUGCAUAUUGGUUAACUUGAAUGGAAAAUUUUCUGGUGAAACAAAUUCUGUGUGGUUUGUGUGUGUUGAUGUGACAUUUACUGCAGAUCUUUUUAAGGAUAGAUGAUAUGCUUUAAAUAUUUCUGUUGACAUUUUCUCUAUUAAUAUUUAUAAGCAUUACAUAAUCAGUCAGAAGACAGUGAGUGCUGUUUAUCUUCUUUUACUAAAACAUUACUAAUAAAAUAUAUAUUUUUGACCUUUCUUAUUAAAGGGGUAGACAUACACAUAUUCAGCAAUGAGAGUCCAUAGUUAUAAAGACCAGCUGAAAACAGUUAAUUAAUCUGUGAAACUACUUAUCUUUCACUCUUUUAAAGCUUCAUUUUCCGUCGUUUACAUAUACCUGGUAAGGUAAAUAUUUACGACAAACCACAAUUUUCGUAAUGUUUGAGAUGAAAGCUAGUUUAGGAAGAGUGAUCUAUUGAUUUCAUUGAUUAAUGCUGUACAACUCCUGUCUCAGACUGACAGACUUCUGACCAGGGAAAGUCUGUCAAAUUAAGAGCUAUAGGUCGGUCUCUGUUGACCAGAACCAAGCAGGCCACGCACUGUAGCCUCAUGUAGCAUUCAAAUAGCCAUUAUAUUGCCCUGUCUGGGGGAAACCAGUUAUUUAAUAUUGAUCUAUGCAGAGCAGAAUCAUCAUUGAUCUGUCUGGGGGAAGAUUUCUCUGUGUGCUGUAAUUAAUUUAACAUUGAUUUAUACAUAGCAAUUUGAGAAAAAUAUUGUUUUGUCCAUGGAAUCAUUAACUGCAACAUCAAGGAAGUAACUCAUUAUUAUUAUCCAAUUAUCAUAUUGCUAGAAUUUUUCAAAUGACUUGCAUUCAAACCACUUUCAAACUUUACCUUUGAUAUAGAGUUUAUAUCUUCCUCAAAAGAUCUGGCAGCACAAAGCCUAGGUCAUUUUGAAAGUAAAUGUGAAAGUUAUUGAAAAUUUCAUUUUUCUUGUCUUUACGCAUUUAUUUUCCUUUUCGAGAAGGUUUGGUUUGAUUUCUAUGAAAUAUACAAGACUUUUUGUCGGAUGUCGCAUUUCUAUACAAAUGACGCAUGAUUUCCAAUGUUUAAAUGUUUUAAUAUGAUGAAGAAACCGUGCAAGGGGCAAUGCCAAUAUUCUUCAGAUUAGUCAGUAUUUAUGUUUUAAUGUAAUUUAUAUAUUUUGUAUGAGGAAGCUUGUAUGCAAUGUUUAUAACAAAGUUUUAUGAAUUGUUUACUGGUACUGUUUGUUUACUCUUGUCUUUCCUAUUCCUUCCUCGUGUAAAACACAAUUUUGUUUUGUUGGUUUGAAAUCUAUGCGAAAGCAAUAUAAUGGGGUUUGCUACAGUUUUACUCCUCAUAAAGUUUUUGGUUUUUUGAUUUCAUGGAGAGGGGAAGGCUAUUGAGUAUUUCUUCCGUGUGAGACAAAACUAAUUCUGGCGGAAUCAGAAUUCUGAAUAUUUUUCAGUGCAACAAAUUCACAAUGUUCCGCAGUUGUUUUGAGCUCAAUAUUCUGUCCCAAAUGUAAUUUAUUAUCAAACUAGACAGGCUUUGAAGUUGAAUACGCUUUCGUAAGUAUGUUUUUGUGCUGGGGACAGCCAUUAAAAUAUUGCUAGCUCGUAGAGAAGAAAAUUUCACCAAAGCAACGAAUCCUUGUUAGUGCAAUAUUUUCUGAUGCUUACCAACGAAAGAACACUUGAAAUGAUUGAGAUGAGUUAACAUAUUAUAGAAUGCUUACAUUUGUACCAGAAAUUUGAUUGUUGAUUUCAAAGCUAGACUUGAACACUGAAACACAAUUUACACAUGAUCACAGAUUUAGGUUUGAUUUUUUUACAACUUGGCAGGACCAAAGCUAUUUCUUCUUUCUCUAGGAAAGCUCCAACAAUUAACGUACAAAGUUAGGCGUCAUAGAUGAUAUAAAACCUUGUUAUACUACCAAUUAAUGUCCAGUCAAACUUUGGGAUCACUGUUAGCGAAUUUGACAGAAUCUGGAGAGAAAGAAUUUUUAUUGAUUUUGAGAAACACUGGCAUCAAGAUUUUAAUGUGCCAUUAGGUUUUACUUAUAUUUUUGCUGUUCACUUGUGUGCUUAUUUUUUCCUUUUUUUCUUUCUUUAGACUUGUUGACAAAUAACUUCUACAAAUAAUUGGAUGUACAGAUGAAUCUUUAUAAUAUAUGAGCACGAAUUUAAAUGUUUGUUAUACAGUGUAAAAAAAAUUGUAUGGUAUUUCCAGUGCUGUCUUAACGGUAUCAAUGCAAUUGACAUGGUAUAUCAACUUCUGAAUCUUAUGUUUUUCAGUUUAGAAGAAGACAAAAAGUAAAUGAUAGCUUAGGUUGAGCCCAGUGAAAAAUUUCAUUUUGUUCUGAAAUUCUUUGAAUUCAAUGUUUUUCAAUGACUUAGUGAUGUAAUUCACUACAAUGUAUUCCUAAAGGCCAACUUAAUGAUGUUAGAUAAUAAAAUUAGUGCUAAGUGGAAAAUUACAGGGGAGGUUUUCACUUGACAAAACCUUAAACAAACCAAGAACAUGAAAAGUAAUCAGGUUUUUUUUUUUUUUUGUACAUGUAAAUUGUAAAAUUACAUUGUACCUGUAGUUUAAUUUUCACAACAUGUAGAAUAAGUUACAAUCUUCUAAUAAAGACUAUUUUACCCACAAAUAAGUUAACAGGGGCAAGGUGAACAAUACAAGCCUCUGGUUCAUAUGGAACCAUUUGAUUAUCAUCAUCUGGAAUAUGUCUUGCUUUAUACUGCUUUCUGAAAUGGAAUCAUGUAGGCUUGCGAAUCGCUAGUUGUGCUUGAAUGCAAAGUAUUUGUUUUGUGAGAAACUUUUUGAAAUAUGAAUAAUUCGAAAUAAUUAUUAUUCCUGUCAAUACCAACUUCCAGCUAAAUGACAUUUGCUCAAACCCUUCAUUAGAAGAAGUAACUUUCCCUUAUUGGAGAUUAGAUUUUAUUCCAGCAGUUUAAUGUUAUGGGACCAACAUUGUAUGUUAUGAAACAAUAAUGACUUCUACAAGAGUUUGAUAUUUCUAGCUGUACUUUCAAGUUUACUAGGCUUUAACCAUGAAAAUAUAUCACCAAUUCAAUAAAAUGGGUUAGCCACUGGAGAAUACCUCCACAUUUAAUCCAGAGGACAUCUGUGCAUGAAACAUGUAAUAAGAAUUUCUGUAAUUUUUGAAGAUAAAUAUGUGCUGAUGGCAUUUAUAGUGAAUUUCUUUAUUUUCAUUCAAGGCUUAUGAUCUGAUUGUUUAUAAUCUAGUGAUAUAUUUUAUAUGUUUUAACUUUUGAUUUCUUGCCCCUGGUGCUACUAGUUAUUUUACUUCUGUAUGCCGUACAGAGUUACCAUUUUAGAACCAUGUGCCGUAUUUGUGACUGAAUAAAAAAUUGACAUGUUAUUGUA